UCCAGAUAUUGUGAUUAACCUAUGAGGCAAAGAAGGAAAGGACCUGUAAAAUUUGUGUGAGAGAUAAUGUCUGAUGUUUAUUCACCGAAUACCUACCUACUGAGGGUUUAUGUUGGUUUGAGCUCCAGCAAGAUGCAGUGUUUCGGAGUAUGUUUUCCGUGCCAGUUAUGAGUGAGAAGUACUUGAGCUGCUUGGGCCCUGACUUACAUAGUGCCUUUUUACAGCAAAGAGUGGUUAGAUAGUUCAAGUAAUGGUAAAACAAAACACCCAGCAGCCCUUGUUAAAAAACUGAAAAUGGAAUGUAAAAGAACAUUCUUUAUGAUGGUGGGUGGGCUGUAUGUUCUUCCAGGAUGCAGAAUGCCACUCAAUUAUGCAUUUCUUGAGUCAUUAACAAUUAGGACAUUCAGUUAGAAUGUAAUCAGAGUCUUGCGGUCCAGAACCGGAAGCAGCGUGCAUAGAGAGGUGGAAUCGGGCUGACUGGUGUGUGACUGUCCGUGUGCCGGAGACCUCCAGGCUGUGGUGGUGGGAAUUCUAAGGUGGUGUGCUCUUCAUGCUUUCUAAAUGAGAUCUGGUGACUCCUCAGGUGAGCGCUGCAGAAAGCAAAAAGUGAGUCUCCUGUUUUCACAAAAAGGAUUUUGUCUUCUCUUUAUUUUUCUGUACUGUGAAUAUAUUGAACACAAAUUUUUAAGCAAUAAUUAUAGCUCUUUGCAAGCAUCUUUUAUUAAGCCAUUUGCCUUUGAUUGCAAGGUUUUUGUUGUGUUCCUUGAAGAAGACGCUCAGUGGCCAAUGCUGGCGAAUCUACCUUUCUACUCCAGGAACUUGGAAAAGAGCGUGAUGGAGUGGGGUCGGAUUGUGUUGGCAUUCUGCACGUGGACAUAAACGCAAAGUCUUGGCAUCACCCACACGACACAGCAGCGUGCGAUAAGCCACUCAGCAGCGCUUUGUGUUUCUGGCUAUUAACAAAGCUAAUUUGUUUCUUAGCAAAGGAGUAAUUCCGAAGCAGAAAUUUGAUGUGGUUCUAAUGAGUCUGCUUUCACUGUAGCGGACUCGUGCCAUGAAGCCCUAGUAUGCAUCUGUUUUAUUGUAGAUGAUCAAUCCGAGAAGUGGACCAUCAGCAUAGAUGGAUCCGGCAUGGAAUGGCGUAGUGAAUGGCCCUUUGAGCAAACACUAGGGUUCUCUGUGUGGUUUUAAAUCACUGUAAAUUUGUAGGCAGGAACAUAUUACAUCUGUCUGUUUUUCUUUUUAGGGCUCAUGUAAUCAAAGAAGUUUCUUUGUUGUGUGUAUCUUUACAGAACACAACAGGAAUUGAAAAUGAAUCAGAACACUGCUGAGCCUGUGGCAGCCACGGAGUCCCUGGCCGAGGUGCCAGAACACGUGUUGCGAGGACUUCCUGAGGAAGUGAGGCUCUGCCCGUCUGCCGUGGACAAGAGCCGGAUUGGUGUCUGGGCCACUAAACCAAUUUUGAAAGGCAAAAAGUUUGGGCCAUUUGUUGGUGAUAAGAAAAAAAGAUCUCAGGUUAAGAAUAAUGUGUACAUGUGGGAGGUCUAUUACCCAAAUCUGGGCUGGAUGUGCAUCGACGCCACUGACCCGGAGAAAGGGAACUGGCUGCGCUAUGUGAACUGGGCUUGCUCAGGAGAAGAGCAGAAUCUGUUCCCGCUGGAGAUCAACAGAGCCAUCUACUAUAAGACUUUGAAGCCAAUCGCGCCCGGCGAGGAGCUCCUGGUCUGGUACAAUGGGGAAGACAACCCCGAGAUAGCAGCUGCGAUUGAGGAAGAGCGAGCCAGCGCCCGAAGCAAGCGGAGCUCGCCCAAGAGCCGCAAAGGGAAGAAAAAGUACCAGGAAGGUAGAAACAAAGGCAGCAAAGGCCAGGACGUGGAACUGAAGACAGGAGAGCCAGACCCCAGCGCUGCAAGUAUGAGAGAUCCCACAGAAGGCCCAAAGGAAGAGGAAGAGAAGCCUUCGGCCUCAGCACCUGAACCCCCAGCCAUCCUUGUGGAGGUGGCUUGUCGCGAUGUGCUUCCAGAACGAGCCGUCCCUCCCCCAGCCUGUGAGCCACAGCCAGAGCCAGUCAAGAAACUAGAAGCCACAAACUGUGAUGUGCAGGAUUUGGAAGAAGAGGAGGAGGAGGAAGAAGAGGAGGAUGAGGAGGAUGAGGAGUUGGAGGAAGAGGGGGAAGAAGAAGCUGACCUGCCAAAUGAAAGUUCUGGGCAAGAGCCAGAGAUACGGUGUGAUGAGAAGCCAGAAGAUUUAUUAGAAGAACCAAAAAACAGUUCAAAAGAAACUCUUGGAGACGCUGCAGAGGCGGCACCUGUUAGCAGAACCCCCCAGGCCAGGGAAGAGGCCGACGGCGAGGUGCUGGGAGUGUUCAUGUUCCCGUGCCAGCACUGUGAACGCAAGUUCACAACCAAGCAGGGCCUCGAGCGGCACAUGCACAUCCACCUGGCUGCGGUCAGCCACACUUUCAAGUGCAAGUACUGUGGCAAAGCCUUCGGCACCCAGAUCAACCGGCGGCGGCAUGAGCGGCGGCAUGAGGCGGGACUCAAGCGGAAGCCCAGCCUGACGCAGCGGCCACCGGAGGACCUGGCUGAUGGCAGAGGGGCUGGAGAUGGGGCUGCCCCCACGGAAGUGGCACAGCCUCCCAGUCUGGGGCAGGACGGUCUGUCCCUGAACGCGGAGAAGGCUGCUCAAGAGACUGUGAACUCCUCUGCAGUAGAAGAGAACGGGGAGGUCAGAGAGCUGCAUCCGUGCCAGUAUUGCAAGAAAGUCUUUGGAACUCACACCAACAUGCGGCGGCACCAACGCCGGGUCCACGAGCGGCACCUAAUUCCCAAAGGGGUCCGGCGGAAAGGAGGCCUCCUGGAGGAGCCCCAGCCUCCGGCCGAGCCGGCCCCGCCCCCGGCAGCCGUCUACGUCCCCAGCACGGAGCCCGAGGAGGACGGGGAGGCGGACGACGUGUACAUCAUGGAUGUCUCCAGCAACAUCUCUGAGAACCUGAACUACUACAUCGAUGGGAAGAUCCAGAGCACCAGCAGCACCAGCAACUGCGACGUGAUCGAGAUGGAGUCCAACUCAGCAGAGCUGUUUGGGAUCAACUGUCUGCUCACGCCAGUCACGGUGGAGAUCACGCAGAACAUAAAGCCCGCGCAGGUCUCUGUGACGGAUGAUCUUCCUAAAGAGCCUUCCGGCAGCACCAACUGUGAAGCCAAGAAGCGCAGGACCGCAAGUCCUCCCGCGCUACCCAAAAUCAAAGCCGAAGUGGACGCCGAGCCCGUGGCGCCCUCAUGCUCUCUGUCUCUGCCUCUUGGCGUGUCAACCACAGAGGCGGUGUCUUUCCAGAAAGAGAGAAGUGUGUACUUACCAUCUAAGCUCAGACAGCUGCUUCAGACCCAGGAGGAGCUGACCCCCGCCUCCGGGCUGUCAGCCACAGAAAUCCCCCAGUUUGGCCCUGUCUGUGUGUCUGCCCCUGCGUCCAUGCUGCCCGUGACCUCGAGCAGGUUCAAGAGGCGGACCAGCUCUCCUCCCAGCUCCCCGCAGCACAGCCCUGCCCUGCGAGACUUUGGAAAGCCAGGCGAUGGCAAAAAGGUGUGGACGGACACGGUUCUCACUGCCAAGAAAGCCAAACUGGAAAGUUGCAGCGACUCGCCCGCGUGGAGUGUAUCUGCGAGAGAGGAGAGGGAGGCUGGGACACCCCCGUGCUUUGAGGAGUACAAGAUCCCCAAAGAAUGGGCAGCCAGCUCCACUUUCAGCAGUGUAUGCAACCAGCAGCCCCUGGACUUAUCCAGUGGCAUCAAACAGAAGGCUGAUGGGGCGGGCAAGACCCUGGUGCCAUGGGAGUCUGUUUUAGACCUCAGUGUGCAUAAAAAGCCUUGUGACCCGGAAGGCAAGGGACCCAAAGAAAAUCCCACGGCGCAGCCCACGUGUAGUGCCAGCAAGAAAAAGAAGCCGACCACCCGCAUGUUGCAGAGGGUGCUUCUCAACGAAUACAGUGGUGAGGACGCAGCGGCGGACGGUGCUGCCAGCACUGCCAGCGCUGCCGGGAGCCCGAAUCCCUGCGGGUCCCUCGGGGCCCAGCCAGAGCCUGAGCUGGGCCCCAACUCUGGCUUCUCUACGCCCCCCGCUGAGCCCCCACCUGAUGUCUGCCCCUCAUCGCCAGCCCCACAGGCAUCUUCUGUUCCCUCGGGUCAGCUGCCUCCUCUCCUGACGCCCACAGACCCCUCGUCCCCUCCGGCCUGCCCUCCUGUGCUGACUGUCGCCACUCCGCCCCCUCCCCUACUUCCUACGGUUCCCCUCCCAGCUGCCCCUUCCGGUGCAUCUCCUCAUCCUUGUCCCUCUCCACUCUCGAGUGCCACCACACAAUCUCCACUUCCUGUUCUGUCCCCGACAGUGUCCCCCUCGCCUUCCCCUGUCCCUCCCUCGGAGCCUCUCAUGUCUGCCGCUUCGCCUGGGCCUCCGACGCUUUCCUCUUCCUCCUCGUCAUCCUCCUCCUCAUCAUCAUCCUUCUCUUCCUCAUCUUCCUCCUCUUCCCCUUCCCCGCCCCCUCUCUCGGCUGUGUCAUCUGUCGUAUCCUCUGGUGACAACCUGGAGGCUUCCCUCCCCCUGAUAACUUUCAAGCAGGAGGAGCUGGAGGGUGCAGGGCCGAAGCCCAGGGACGAGCCGCCGGCCACGCCAGAGCAGACUUUCAGCAAGAACUUUGUUUGCAAUGUCUGUGGGUCGCCUUUCCUUUCCAUCAAGGACCUCACCAAACACUUGUCGGUUCACGCUGAAGAGUGGCCCUUCAAAUGUGAAUUUUGUGUGCAGCUUUUUAAGGACAAAACAGAUCUGUCAGAACACCGCUUUCUGCUUCACGGAGUAGGGAAUAUCUUCGUGUGUUCCGUUUGUAAAAAAGAGUUUGCUUUCCUGUGCAAUUUGCAGCAGCACCAGCGGGACCUGCACCCGGAUGAGGUGUGCACGCACCACGAGUUUGAGAGCGGGACCCUGCGACCGCACAACUUCACGGACCCGAGCAAGGCCCACGCCGAGCACAUGCGGAGCCUGCCGGAGGAGCCUUUAGAAGCCGCUAAAGAGGAGGAGGAGGAACUGAACGAUUCCUCCGAAGAGCUUUAUACCACCAUAAAAAUCAUGGCCUCGGGGAUCAAGUCGAAAGAUCCGGAUGUGCGGUUGGGCCUCAAUCAGCAUUACCCCAGCUUUAAGCCACCUCCCUUCCAGUACCAUCACCGCAGCCCCAUGGGCAUCGGCGUGACGGCCACCAGCUUCACCACCCACAACAUCCCGCAGACGUUCACCACCGCCAUCCGCUGCACCAAGUGUGGCAAAGGGGUCGACAACAUGCCCGAGCUCCACAAGCACAUCCUGGCCUGCGCCUCCGCAAGUGACAAGAAGAGGUACACCCCAAAGAAAAACCCGGUACCACUGCGGCAGACUGUGCAGCCCAAGAACGGCGUGGUGGUGCUGGACCCCCCUGGGAAAAAUGCCUUCCGGCGCAUGGGGCAGCCCAAGAGGCUCAACUUCAGCGUGGAGCUCAGCAAGGUGUCGUCCAGUAAGCUCAAGCUGAACGCCCUGAAGAAGAAGAACCAGCUGGUGCACAAGGCCAUCCUGCAGAAGAACAAGUCGGCCAGGCGGAAGGCCGACCUGAAGGGUGCUGCUGAGGCAUCCCCCCACAUCUGCCCGUACUGCAGCCGGGAGUUCACCUACGUGGGAAGCCUCAACAAGCACGCCGCCUUCAGCUGCCCCAAAAAGCCCCUCUCUCCUUCCAAAAAAAAAGCUUCCCAUUCCGCCAAGAAGAGUGGACAUUCAUCGCCUACAGGGAGCGACAAGAACAGCAGCAACCACCGCCGAAGGACAGCCGACGCCGAGAUCAAGAUGCAGAGCACACAGGCUCCACUGGGCAAGACGCGCGCUCGCAGCUCGGGUCCCGCCCAGGUACCGCUACCCUCCUCCUCCUCCUCCUUCAGGUCCAAGCAGAAUGUCAAGUUCGCCACUUCUGUGAAGUCCAAGAAACCAACCUCGUCGUCUUUAAGGAACUCCAGCCCAAUCAGGAUGGCUAAACUAAGCCACACGGAGGCCAAAAAGCCCAGGGCUGUGGCCAAGAGUCACUCUGCGCAGCUCUCCAGCAAGGCAUCCCGCAGUCUGCACGCGAGGGCGCAGAAGAGCAGAGCUGUGUUACAGAGCGAGGCCACCCUGGCAAGUAAGAAGCGAACAGAUCGCUUCACUGUGAGAUGCAGGGAGCGCAGCGGUGGGCCCGUCACCAGGAGCCUUCAGCUGGCAGCUGCUGCCGACUCGGGGGACAGCAGCAGAGAGGAUGGCAGCGCCAGGCAGGAGCUGAAGGACGUCAGGAACUUCCUGUAGAAAAGCCCCCAAAACAAAACAAACCUUAACUGACUAAAAGCUAUUGCAUGCUCAACUUAGGAUAAGCACUACGGCAAGGACGCGGACCCAGCUUGCAAGACCAGCGGAAGCUGCCUCAGGAGCCUGGCGCGGCCCAGGCCUGCAGGCUGCUGGUCGCCUGCUAGGGCCAGGCUCCGCUGCUUCGGGGGCGCGCAGCCCACGGGCUUCGAGACCCAAAGAGGUGGGCACUGGCCACGAGCCGCCGGGCUCACCGCCGCGCUCCUCGUCUCGGGACUGCUAACUGAGAUCUGAGUGUGGCCCUUGUUUUUGGCACACAGCAGAGAAAGGAAGAUUGGGACUUAACCCUACAAAGCAAGUUCUCAGUCUUGUCAGUAGUUUGUCGUAGAUUUCAGGGAUGACAAAUUCGGAUGCACUCAUUUUAAAAUGUUUUGGUCACACACCAGCUCUUGAUGCCUUUCUUUUAAAUGACUUGUAGACAGAGAGAAGCGUUUAGCUGACCUCCGGCCCGGUUGCUUUUUUAUCACGAGCAGAUUGCCAGCGUCGCGGAGAGGGACCCAGGUGGGCUCUCGGACUGUUUUUACGCCUCUUCUCCAAGCGUCCUGCCGGUAUGUCCACAGGGACCUGUAGCCUCUCAGCUGUUACCUGGCACUGAUCUAUAACUAUGAUAUUAUCAGAGACUAUGUAGCAAUAUAUCAAUGCACAAGACGCGCCCCAGGCUGUGCAGCAGCUGUGUGUCUACACGGGAGUACAAGUGCAUUUCCACAGCAGGUUUUACACUUCACUCUUAGCACGAGGUGAACACAAACCAGCCGUUGGCCUCUGGCUGAGGGCCGAGUCUCCUUCCUCCGUGCGCUUCGAUGCCUCUCCCCCGGCCCCUCCAUGACUGAGUUGGUGAGAAAUGGCUAGGUUUUAUUCAUGUUCUUUGUUCUCAACUCUAAAAGUAAUCUACCUCUUGAAAUUUGUAGUUUAAUAUUUGUUUGGUGAGUUUGUGCCACUUUAACCCUUUCACUGUCAUUCCCAUUUUGUUACAUUUCUGUUAUGGGGACUUUAUGUUGAAAUACUGAAUAAAACAUUUGUAGCCGUUUAAAAAUAAAAUAUUUAAAAUUAUUUAAAUUGUUUUGGACGCUUCAAUUGUAUGUGAUUUACAUUCUGCAUUUUUUGUUGGCGUUGUUAAUCUGGAGUGUUUCUGUAUCAAAGUUUGCUGUCAGUUAUUUUAUUGCUUCUUGUUGGAGAGUGCUCUCAAAGACUAUUCUAAUGAAAACAUUAAAAUUUACAAUUGACAUACAAAAGGGGUUGUCCGUUGAUUUUAACCAAUGUAGCCUUAGAGAGGGAGAGAGAGAGAGAGAGAAAGAAUUAACAAUAUAGACAAGAGUGCUUGGCUCUUUUUCCCAUUAUGGCAGGAAAUAAAUUAGCGGAGCUUGUCAGAUGUAUUUUUUAAAAAAAGAUUUUUUUAUGCUGUUGCUGCAAACAAUAACUAGAGGAGAACUUAAAUGAUCCAUUUUCUAUCAUUGUAACCAAUAAAAUCUUUCUAAACUCUUGUGAGAGGACUGCGUUUUGUACCUAACUGGGAGCAGCUAGGGGAGGAGUCCCAGGCACAGAGGACUGGCGCGUGUGUAGGAGGUGCUGCGUGCCCUCUGCCCGUGGCGCAGCCGCCUGUCGGCGCAUUCCCGGGCAGGGGCAGCGAGGCAGGCAGUGCUGUCCCAAGCGCCUGGAAGACUCGCUGGGGUCGGAGUGACGAAAUAAAGAAUCCCAUGGCUCGGCUUCCUCAGUGCUUGCUAUCAGUUCUGACUGUGAGUUGGUUUUCCUUUUUUUAUGGAUCUCCAAGGAAUGGAACAAAUUGUAACAUCUGUAUUUGUAUUGCAUUGAUGUGAAAAUGCAUUAAAAAUGC